UAUCGAUACAAUUUUCUCGCUACACAUGCCUUCUGAAUGUUAAUAAAAUGGAAAAUAUCAAAGGAGCUUGAUCUCAGAGUUUAAACAAAUAUCUACUUAUGAUAAACAUGUCCGGUAAUUAAAUGUGCUCUGAAACUAAUGUAAUGUCGACUGUGUGUGAUGGCGGGUAAAGAGUUAGUAAGCCAUCAGCAGCAGUUUGUAGAAGAAAUUAAUUACGAUGAGAUUGAAACCGAGCAGGUAGUAGGAAAAGGUUCUUUUGGAGUAGUAUGGAAAGGAAAAUGGAGAGGACAAUAUGUUGCUAUAAAAUACAUAAACUCAGAAGGUGAAAAAAAGGCCUUUACUAUAGAAGUUAGACAAUUAUCUAGAGUUGUGCAUCCCAAUAUUGUAAAACUUUAUGGUGCCUGUACUAAAAAUCCAGUUUGUCUGGUUAUGGAAUAUGCAGAAGGCGGUUCUUUAUAUAAUGUUUUACAUUGUAAUCCUCAGCCACAGUAUACUGCAGGACACGCAAUGAGUUGGGCUUUGCAAUGUGCUCGUGGUGUUGCAUAUCUUCACAAUAUGAAACCAAAACCUUUAAUUCAUAGAGAUUUAAAACCACCAAAUUUGUUGUUGGUUAUGGGUGGACAAACUCUUAAAAUUUGUGAUUUUGGUACAGCUUGUGAUUUAAAUACUUAUAUGACUAAUAACAAAGGUUCUGCUGCUUGGAUGGCUCCAGAAGUGUUUGAAGGUUCUAGAUAUACUGAGAAAUGUGAUGUGUUUAGUUGGGGUGUUAUUUUAUGGGAAAUAUUGUCAAGGAAAAAACCAUUUGAUGAGAUUGGUGGUUCAGCUUACAGAAUAAUGUGGGCAGUACAUGUAGGACAAAGACCUCCUUUGAUUGAAAAUUGCCCUAAACCAAUUGAAGAUCUCAUGACUAGAUGUUGGCACAAAUCUCCUGAAGAAAGACCAUCAAUGGAUGAAGUUGUAGAAAUAAUGACAACUUUAUCACAAUUUUUUAGUGGAUAUUUGGAACCUGUGGAAUAUUCCCAAAAUAUUGAGUCAGAGGAAGUUAAUGACAACCAGGUUUCUAAAGAUAAUACUUUGGACGUGACUGAUACCAUAGAUUCCGAAAUAAACAGAUAUCCUGCCAAUGGUACUAUUAAAGCUGAUGUACCCGUUUCCAAAGACAAGUUGGAAAAUUUUAAUGAAAAAAACAGUUCACCGAAUCCUUUCUACAAUUUAAGAGAUCCAUCUCCGAAAAAUAAUAUUUCAGCAAACAAUUCGUCCACUAAAAAAUUUCAGAGUAAAGAUUUCUCUGAACUUUAUGUCGAGUGUAAUCCAAAUGCUUGGGAAUUACCAAGUUCUGACCCAUCAUUGGAAUCUCCUAUUUUAAAGAUAAAAAAUACUGCACAAAGUAACAGUACGACCGACAAAGAUUUAGACAAUGUUUAUCGCCUUUUGGAUGCUGAUCUAAGGCCAUUGACGCCCGAUCAGACUUGUGAAAGAUCCAAAGAAAUUUUCGAAGAGCACAAACAGCUAGCUCAAGAAUAUUUGAAAGUACAAACGGAGAUAGCGCUCUUGGGUCAACACAAAAAUGAAAUGCUUAAAAAUUUGACCAUAGACAGUUUGAGACAGCAAGAGGAACUCAAAAAACUUGAAGAUGAAAAGGAGUCUCUUAUAAAGCUGUAUCGAAAUUUGAAGCGCCAGUUAGAAAUCAUGAAGAACCAGAGGAUGAACAAUCCCCUUUUAAAUAAUCCUCAAAUUGGCCCGACAGUUUCUGGAAACAGCGGGUGGUUCGUGGUACCUUGUCAAAAUCCUUCGAGACAUUCUUGAAUAUCAAAAUUAGACAAGAGUUACAAGAGUUAGACAAGGUUUUUUUUUUUUACAUCAUGUCUUAUAAAUUUCUCUUGCAUUCUUUGUAGCGAAUGAAACAUGAGCAGUAACGAUUUUUUCUUGAACCUUUUCAUUUGCAUUUUUAUUCCGAGAACUUUUAUUAAAUUUGUUUCUCCAUUUUCUGAUGAACAAAACUAUGUAAAAAUUUGGUUAUUAAUAUAUAUGUAUAUUUAUGUAUGUAUAUCUUUCAAGUGAAUGUUACAGGGAAACUAUCAAAAUAGUUUUAAAUUAUUUUUUGCUUUUAUCGUGUUUUAUUAUCGUGCUUUAAAAUAUAAAAAUACAUUGAAAAAAUGCAAUAACAAAUUAUCGUAAUAUUUUAAUCUUCACUUAAAUUUUAGGAUAGAAUGUUUAAAUUGUGAUUUGCAAAGUGAUAAGAUGUUGAAGUGAAAAGGUUGUUUCGACCAAUAUGAUUGAUAUAAUUGAUGAUUAUCGAUCGAAAAAUCAAUAAUUACUUAAUUGUCUGCGUGAUAUAUUGUUAUUACGUUAUUAUAUUGUUAUAUAAGAAUUAACAUUAAGUAAUAAUUAAGGCAUUGUAUCAUUAUUUUGUUAUCUAAUUUGUCUUCAUGUAUACUUAUUUGUCAUUACAGUUAAUUUAUACAGUCAGUAAAAUAUUCAAUAACUAGCAUCAUUGUCAAAUAUUAAAUAUUGUAUUUAAUUGUACACUGGUAAUUAUUCAUUAUGAAAUUUUCAUUUUUUACGAUAACGUUGUUAAGAUUUGUUUAGACAUCGAGUUAACGUAGUCCAAUAAAAGAUAUAUAAAAACAAAAUAACCAAUUUUUCAGUGCAAGAUGUUUUUUUAAAAUUAUUAAAUAUUUUUGUGUAAAA